GUAAUAAAGGUUUGCCAGUAGGUACACAUAUGUGAUCAGUGCAUAUAUGAGCUCGUCUUGGCACUCAGAGCUCAGUUUACAGCGAUACUUAUCACGGGUAGGAGUUCGUUGUACACGGUCAAAUGUAUUACUUGUGCCUUCUCCUGUGGGUUACUACUGCAGCAUGUCAAUCCUCCAAAGAGAUCUAUCAGCUACUUUCCAAGGCCCAUACAAAUCAGAACCUUGUCGCCUCGCCCGUCUCCAUAGAGACCAUCCUUAGCAUGGUCUUCAUGGGCGCAGGAGGAUCUACUGCCCAGGAGCUGCAGAGCGCCUUGAGGCUGCCAUCGUUGGACAAGCAGGCGACGGCCGCCAAGUACGGUGCUCUCCUCAACGAUCUCGAUCUCCAGGGACAGAAGGAGGGACCAAUACUAAAGCUGGCCAAUCGCAUCUACGUCAACAACCAGUACAGCCUGAAUCCAAACUACAACCUAGCUGUGAGGGAUCCCUUCAAGUCCGAGGCGGAGUUGAUCAGUCUGGCCAAUGGCCCUCUGGCGGCCCAGAGCAUCAACCAGUGGGUGCUGGACCAGACCAGUGGUAAGAUCAAGGACAUGAUCGACCCCGGCAGCAUGACCUCCGAUGUGAAGGCCGUGCUGGUGAACGCCAUUUACUUUAAGGGCCAGUGGGCGUCGAAGUUCAACCCCGCUAGAACUAGAGCCUCCACCUUCCAAGUAACUGCGAACAAGAGCGUGCCCGUCCAGAUGAUGGCGCAAAUGGGAACAUUCAGAGCCAACUACUUCCGCGACCUGGAUGCGCAAGUCAUCGAGCUUCCGUAUCUCAACUCCAACCUGUCCAUGACCAUCUUUCUGCCCCGAGAAGUGGAGGGCUUGAGCGCCCUGGAAGAGAAGAUCGUUGGCUUCGCCAGACCGCUGGAUGCGAAGGAGGUGUAUCUGAAGUUGCCUAGGUUCAAAAUCGAAUUUCGUGAUGAGCUCAAAGAGACCUUGGAGAAGCUGGGCAUCCGAGAGCUGUUCACCGACAAGUCCGACUUGAGCGGCUUGCUUGCAGAUAAGUCUGGAGGCAAAGUCAGUCAAGUGUCGCACAAGGCGUUUCUGGAGGUGAACGAGGAGGGCGCAGAGGCCGCAGGUGCCACAUCUGUGGCCGUCACAAAUCGAGCGGGAUUCUCUACGUUCCUCGUGGCCGAUCAUCCCUUUGCCUUCGUCAUUCGCGAUGCAAACACCAUAUACUUCCAGGGCCGUCUUGUAAGCCCUUGAAUAAAUGAAAAUUAUUUAAACUUGAAAA